UCCCAGUUCCUUAUCAUCUUCCAAAUAGAUCUGACAGUCAGCCGCUAUCAUCUGGCCGCCACUGAAGCAAGAAGAGGACAAGAAAACCUAUGGAAACCAUUAUUGAACAGCUUUAAUGAACGGAAAGUCAUAUGCUGUCAUAAAAAGAGAAAGUAGUAAUCAACACCCAACGAGAGCGCUAAAUGGACCAGAAAUAACGGACUCAACAAGGUGGAGUUUUGUGAGUGAGGGCGAGGGUUACCAUCGAUUGCCUUUACGCGAUUUGGUUACCUGAUGGAGAAACCAGAACGACGUGUGACUCGAAGAUAAUUGCUGCCUUUCCUGGAAAUAUUGAACUAUUACACCAAAAUAAACAACAAAGAAGAACAGCAACGGGAUUUUCAAUAUGUAAUUAUAUGAACGAGUUUUGAAGAAAUAUCUGAUUUAGCAUACAAUUCGCAUAAAACUUAUUGUGCGAUCUGUGAAUGACUUCUGCUAAUGGAACGAUCAUAUCCUAUCCUUUGAAGUGCAGUUUUUGCGUCACAGGUCGCUGAGAACACAACAUUUACAUUGAAGGACUGAUGUAAACGGACAGGGUAGAGUACAGGAAGGAAGGUUGGUAGUUAGUUGAAGCAAUAUGGCUGAAUUGUGGGAUAUGGGGCACUGGCUGGAACUACCCAUAUCGUCUGGAUACUAGAUAUAGAACAUGGAAACCUAUCCCUGGGCAUCAGUAGCCUCAGAAUAAUGCCUAAAGGUAAACAUAGUUACUACCCGGACUCUCCCUCUAUCCGCAUAUCCAAGACGGAUGUGAUCAUCCCGUUCUCCCCAGAUGUGCCCUGUGAUAGCAAUGGGCAGCGCAUGUGGUGGGCUUUCCUUGCCUCCUCCAUGGUCACAUUCUUUGGGGGUCUCUUCAUCAUUCUGCUCUGGAGAACUCUCAAGUACCUGUGGACCGUCUGCUGCCACUGUAACACCAAAAAGAAGAAUGCUCAGCGGGUCCACAACCCUACCUCCCAUGGGGAUGGGAUCAAGCACACCAAGGAGACGGUGGCUGCACUCAGUGAGGUGGGCUGGAUGACCUCCGUCAAAGACUGGGCUGGGGUCAUGAUAUCAGCCCAGACACUGACGGGCAGAGUCCUGGUGGUGCUUGUCUUUGCCCUCAGCAUCGGAGCCCUUGUAAUAUAUUUCAUAGAUUCCUCUGACCCCAUCGAGUCCUGUCAGAACUUCUACAAAGACUUCACGCUACAGAUUGACAUGGCUUUCAACGUCUUCUUCCUCUUGUACUUUGGUCUACGGUUUAUUGCAGCCAAUGACAAGCUGUGGUUCUGGCUGGAGGUGAACUCAGUGGUGGACUUCUUCACUGUUCCCCCAGUGUUCGUGUCUGUUUAUCUCAACAGGAGCUGGCUUGGCUUGAGGUUUUUAAGGGCAUUAAGGUUGAUACAGUUCUCAGAAAUCUUACAGUUUUUGAACAUAUUAAAAACAAGCAAUUCCAUAAAACUGGUGAACUUAUGUUCAAUCUUCAUAAGUACAUGGCUAACAGCGGCAGGCUUCAUACAUCUGGUGGAAAACUCAGGGGAUCCUUGGGAAAACUUCCAAAAUUCCCAAGCACUUUCCUACUGGGAAUGUGUCUACUUACUCAUGGUUACUAUGUCCACUGUGGGCUAUGGAGACGUGUAUGCAAAAACCACCCUGGGACGACUUUUCAUGGUCUUCUUCAUCCUUGGUGGUUUGGCCAUGUUUGCGAGCUACGUCCCUGAAAUCAUAGAGUUAAUAGGAAACCGCAAGAAAUAUGGUGGUUCCUAUAGUGCGGUUAAUGGGAGAAAGCACAUCGUGGUCUGUGGUCAUAUAACACUUGAAAGUGUAUCCAACUUCCUUAAAGACUUCCUACACAAGGACAGGGAUGAUGUCAAUGUAGAAAUUGUUUUUCUCCAUAAUAUUUCCCCUAAUCUUGAGCUGGAAGCCUUGUUUAAACGCCACUUCACCCAGGUGGAGUUCUACCAGGGAUCUGUUCUCAACCCACAUGACCUGGCCAGAGUCAAGAUAGAGUCAGCAGACGCCUGUUUGAUCCUAGCUAAUAAAUACUGUGCAGACCCUGAUGCUGAGGAUGCCUCCAACAUCAUGAGGGUGAUAUCCAUCAAGAACUACCACCCAAAAAUCCGAAUCAUUACCCAGAUGUUGCAGUACCACAACAAGGCCCACCUUUUGAACAUUCCCAGUUGGAACUGGAAGGAGGGUGACGAUGCCAUUUGCCUGGCUGAGCUGAAGCUGGGCUUCAUAGCACAGAGCUGUCUGGCUCAGGGCCUGUCCACCAUGCUGGCCAACCUCUUCUCCAUGAGGUCCUUCAUCAAGAUUGAAGAGGACACGUGGCAGAAGUAUUACCUGGAAGGAGUAGCCAAUGAAAUGUACACUGAGUAUCUGUCUAGUGCCUUUGUGGGCUUAUCCUUCCCGACCAUUUGUGAACUCUGCUAUGUGAAGCUGAAGCUGCUACUGAUUGCUAUCGAGUACAAGUCUGAUAUAAGGGAAAGCAGCACCCUCAUCAACCCUGGGAACCAUGUGAAGAUGCAGGAAGGAACCCUGGGAUUCUUUAUCGCCAGCGAUGCCAAAGAAGUAAAGAGGGCACUUUUUUACUGCAAAGCUUGUCACGAUGACAUCACAGAUCCCAAAAGGAUAAAGAAAUGUGGAUGCAAACGAUUGCUCUAUUCCAAGAUGUCCGUCUACAAGAGAAUGAUGCUGGCAUGUUGUUUUGAUUGCGGCCAUUCAGAGUGUGACUGCUCUUGCAUGUCAGCCAAUGUGCAUCAUGAUAGUAACACGAAGGACACCCUUCAGCAACGUGGCUUCCCUCUCUCUCCUGUCUCUCUUAAUGAUUGCUCAACCACUUUAAGUGCCUCAAAAAAUAACUAUAACGGAUAUAUCAAAUCAAUCGAAGAGGAGCAGUAUUCGACACUGUCGCCUAAAAAGAAACAACGUAAUGGAGACACAAGGAACUCACCCAACGGUUCACCAAAAAUGAUGAGGCAUGACCCUCUCCUCAUGCCGGGGAAUGAACAGAUUGAGAACAUGGACAUGAACGUGAAGAAGUACGACUCCACAGGGAUGUUCCACUGGUGCCAGUCCAAAGACAUCGAGAAGGUCAUCUUGACCAGAAGUGAAGCUGCCAUGACUGUCCUAAGCGGCCACGUGGUCGUCUGUAUAUUUGGAGACGCGAAGUCUGCUUUGGUGGGCCUAAGGAACCUUGUGAUGCCUCUGAGAGCUAGCAACUUCCACUACCACGAGCUGAAACCCAUCGUGUUUGUGGGUUCCCUGGAGUAUCUGAAGAGGGAAUGGGAGACCCUUCACAACUUCCCCAAAGUCUCCAUCUUACCUGGCACACCAUUAAGCCGGGCCGAUCUGAGGGCUGUCAAUAUCAACCUCUGUGACAUGUGUGUCAUCCUGUCGGCCAAUCAGAACAAUAUUGACGACGCGUCACUGCAGGACAAGGAAUGCAUCCUGGCGUCACUCAACAUCAAGUCCAUGCAGUUUGACGACAGCAUCGGGGUCUUGCAGGCUAACUCCCAAGGUUUCACUCCUCCAGGCAUGGACAGGUCCUCUCCUGAAAACAGUCCACUUCAUGGGGGGUUGGUCCGACAGGCUUCCAUCACAACAGGAGCCAACAUCCCCAUCAUCACUGAACUAGCACCAUUAUCAAAAACAGCAGGCAAAGUCCUGCCUGUGGUUUCAUUCAGUCAGGAUAAAAGCAGUGGGAUCAACAUACAAAUAAUAACAGAGCUGGUGAAUGACUCCAAUGUUCAGUUCCUGGACCAGGAUGAUGAUGAUGACCCUGACACAGAAUUGUACCUCACUCAGCCCUUUGCCUGUGGGACGGCCUUCGCAGUCAGUGUGCUGGAUUCCCUGAUGAGUGCGACAUACUUCAAUGAUAAUAUCCUCACCCUGAUCCGGACGCUGGUAACAGGGGGGGCCACUCCAGAGCUGGAGGGUCUGUUGGCGGAGGAGAACGCAUUACGAGGAGGCUACAGCACGCCGCAGACCCUCGCUAACCGGGACAGGUGUCGUGUGGCACAGCUAGCCUUGUACGACGGGCCUUUCGCUGACUUGGGAGAUGGUGGUUGCUACGGUGACUUGUUUUGUAAAGCUUUAAAAACAUACAACAUGCUGUGCUUCGGAAUUUAUCGAUUAAGAGAUGCACAUUUAAACACACAAAGUCAUACAAGUCAAUGCACUAAACGGUAUGUGAUAACCAAUCCGCCAUAUGGUUUUGAGUUGGUGCCAUCAGACCUGAUCUUCUGCCUGAUGCAGUUUGACCACAAUGCGGGUCAGUCCAGGGCCAGCCUCUCCCACAGCUCCCACUCCUCCCAUUCUUCCAGCAAAAAGAGCUCCUCCGUCCAUUCUCUCACUGCCACCAACCGUACCAACCGCACCAAGAGCAGGGACUCGCGGGACAAACAGAAUGCAACAAGGAUGAAUAAAAUGGGCCAAGAAAAGACAUGGUUUACAGAUGAGCCUGAGAACGCGGCCUACCACAGGAACAUUCACAUCAAGCCAAUGAAUAGUAGUCACCGUAGUCACACAGCCAACCACCAGGUCAACCAGAACCCUUACAAAUCCACCAACAACCAUAUUCCAUCCAUCAGAGAGGUGGAGGACGAAUGCUGAACUACAGAACCCCAUGUUGACACCCACAGUUGAACCCACCUGUAGAACACCUGGAAAAAGAACUUGGAACUCGAACCCAAGAACAUCUAGAACCCACCUAGAGAACACAUGGAAGUACACCAAGAACCCAUGGAGCUGGAACCUGAAGAACACCUUAAAGCUUGAAUCUUUAGUUGCUUUAAUUAUAAAUACCCAUUGAAUCUUGAAGAAUAUAACUUAAACUUGCCUCAUGAGCUUAGUUCAACUGUCGUACCCCAUCAGAACCCAAAAUAUAAGUUUGUUUUACUCCAAUGUUUGUAAAUGUAAACAAAUACUGUAUAGCCUCAAAACAUGGUUAAAACUGUAAUGUUGAUAUUUUGGCUGGUCAGUCCUUGCAUCCAUAGCUCUCUCUCUGAAUUAGAGAGUGGUUACAUUGCACCAGACCUAUCCCUUUUUUUACCCCCCAAAAAAGGGUUGACUGCUUUAUUGUUUCAAGUAAAGAUUCUAGCUUUAAAGGGAUACUUUGGGAUUGUAUAUAUUUCCCCCAGAUUCAGAUGAACUUGUGGAUACAAAUUGUAUGUCUCUGUGUCCAGUAUGAAGGAAGUUUGAGUUAGUUUCACGAGCCAAUGCUAACUAGCGUUACACAUAGACUCCCAGACAUUGCGCUAUCUGCUAGCGUGCUAGCAUGCUAGCAGAUACCCAUAAACUUUCAGUCAUUGCGCUAACGCAAGUUAGCAACUUCCUUCAAACUGCAUGCAGAGACAUAAAAAUGGUAUCCACUCUGAGGAAGUAGAUUUAGGACCUCAUUGCCAAAAUCCCGAAGCAUUCUUUUAACAUAGAACUCCAGAGAACAAAGGAGUAGUUGGGACGAAUGGGGUGUUUGCAUGGGAAAACAUCAUUCAGUAUUCUCCCUCAGAUUCCUUCUUCAUCAGUCACCAGUUACUGAUCACAUCAGUACAAACAAACCUCUUGGAAAAGGACAACCUUUUUCCAGUUCAUAUGUACAGUACACACAGUAACAUAAUAUAUAUAUUUAUAUAUAAAUGAAGCAACGUAAUAUACAUAAAUACAAUCAUAUAUCAAUCAAAUGUACAGUCAGACAGUCACUAACGUUAACACUCAGCCAUGUAGUUUGCACAGCCAGUUCCUCCUUAGUGACCAGACUCCAUCAAUUACACAUUUUGGAGAAUGAGGGUCGCUUCAGUCAGAAUAGAUAGCAACGCAACACAAGAUUACAUAUGAUGAAACUUUAUAUUAGAUUGUUAUGAAACUGGACAAAUUAUUUGCCAUUGAAAGCAUUUUCAUUUUUUUUACUUUCAUUUGUAGAAGGGUGUUUCAAGACUGACAUGUAUCCAGUAUUGGAAAGUCGUACGCUUUGGGUCCAUGUGUUUUUGACAUGCCUGGUAAGAUACAAUACAUAACAAAGUUUGCAAAAGGGUAUAUGGUAUUUUUUGUGAAAUGCAGUCCCACCAGAAUUAUAUUGUUAUCGAUUUUGAUUUCACCAUAUUAUCACUUUGUGGAUCGUCAUUUAAUACGAGUAAAUUCCCAAGACUAUAUUUGUGAUUGAUUGUCAACAUUCAUGUCAAAAUAGUACAUUUUAUUGUAUUGGCCCAAGCCUUAUUUCGAUUGGCCAGUUUGUUUUUGCGUCUUCUGAUCUACAGGAUACUUCCUGCCUUUUUAGCUUUGAUAUCAAUGUCCAACAAAUAUACUGGAAUAUGAGAUGUGGGUGGAAUGACACUGGAAAUACAAAAUAAACCAUAUUCCCAAUACAUUUGACCUGUCAUUAUAGCGGCAUAAUGCUAUAACCCAAGUAUGAUGAUGCUGUUUUGGAGGAUGUUCAGUAAGCUAACCGAGCAGCUAAUAAGAUGAACGGACCUUAAUUACCUUAACUAAUAGGCCUACCUAUUGGAUUAUGUUAUACUGUAUUACCCUACCUGUAUAAUCCUACCUAUACCUUAAUAGACUUAUCUGGAAGCACAGGGAGGGUUAUACUGUAUAACCCUACCUAUACCUUAAUUACCUUAAUAGACGUACCUGGAAGCAAAGGGAGGGUUAUACUGUAUAACCCUACCUGUAUAACCCUACCUAUACCUUAAUUACCUUAAUAGACGUACCUGGAAGCACAGGGAGGGUUAAAUAAGUUAUGUUAAUAUCACCAGGAAUUAGGUGAAAGAAUGAGAAAGCCACAUAUCGUAUGAAGUGGGUGUAUAUAUCUGUAGCUCUGGUACCAUCGCGCACCUACAACAACCCCUGACCCCUGAACCCACUCACCAAUCUUACAGCUCUCUCCGCAACUCUCUGUUAGUAGAGGAAUGUGCAUUAACCUCCUGGACCAGUGCUAUACCUGUAGACAGAUCCUCUUUUGGCUGCAAGCUCUGCUUGGCAUGGAGGCACUAGAGUAGCUUGAAAGUUCUCCAUGACCAGUCCCAGUGCUAUACUCAGACGGUAGAAGAAGGUCAAGGAUUUUCUGUAGAUAUACCCCAAAACAGCUGAAUCAUAAUGGGAGCAUUUGGCUAACUACAGUACAAAGCUUUUUAAUGCCAGUUUCUCAUGUUUUGGUGUAACACAACUGACACUCAAACUCUACACCAAUUUGUCAUGUCUAUAAACCAUAACCAUAUGUGUUAAUCUAUUUUCUGUCUGCAUACAAUACAAAGCAGUACAUGACUUUAAAGAGACAGAAAAAUUCAGUAAUCUGAAGAAAGAAAUGAUGUGGUAUUUUGCUGACUUGGGGAAUACCCAAGAUUUCCGUGCCUCUGUGCCAGCAUUGUGCCGGGCAGUGUUUAGGUCAAAGGACUCUGGCUAAAGACCCACUGUAGAGAAAGUGGUUUAUUAAGAUAGGGAUUAUAUAGAAGCAGGGCAUGUAUAUUGCUAUUGCUAAAGAAGAGCGUGUCAUAUCUAGUCAUAGAGGCAUUUCAAACCGUAUAAAUUACAUUUCAAAUCAUGUAAAUUCUUGGGAAAAUGUGAUAUUUAAUUGUAAAAGGUUAUUGGGAAUGUACAGAUUCCCUGAAGAUAAUUAGCAUUGUAACGAAUGAUGAGAGUUAAAGUCUUAAACUAACAUUGAAAUUAGGAAUUUACUUAGUAACUGCGAAAUAAAAUGUUCUAUGUUUACUUCUUGGUCCUUUCAAGAAGUCAAUACAAAGCUUUAGUGAAUUAUUCCUAUUGCGUUUCUAGAUGUUGGGUGAAGAGGAGAUUGGCAUUGCAGUUUAGUUAGUUUUGUUUGUAUAUUUUAACACUUUGAUUUGUGGAUACAAUGACAAGUGCUAUGUUUAUAUUUCUGACUAUGUCGUACAGAUGUAGAAUCUUAAUUUGAGCCAGUUUGCUACAGCAAGGAAAUAAUCCUGCAGCAAAAGGAAAUGUGAAUGAUGUGUAUUAGAAUUCAUGGACAUUAUGAAAAUGUUCCUUUAGGGAAAAUCAAGUCUGAAAUUUCAAAGUAGAAACUACAAACUUCAGAAGCCUUUUUGAACCUCAAAUACACUACUAUCAAAUUAAGGUCCUAUGUCUGUACAUACAAUAUCCAAUGCUAAAUACAGUAUAUUGUCUUUUUAAGGAUUGUAAAUAAGUUGUACAUGAUUUCAUUUUGUAUUUUCACAAAUUAAAAAAACUGAUGUAUUGUG